GUAUCAUCGAUGAAUCGUCGCCGCAUGCAGACCACAGGCGUUGAAUCAUGUGAGCAUCUUCCAUCAUCAUGUCGUCAAAAUUGUGCGCGCAGGUACAACUCGCCACGAGAAAUGUCUCGCUGGCUCAUUCAACCCGCGCUGCCGUUCGUCGAAAAUUCGCAACGGUAGCAUCAGAUAACAGAUCCCCAGUUGAUGUUGUCGUCAUUGGAGGUGGUCAUGCGGGUUGCGAGGCCUCUGCCGCGGCAGCGCGUACAGGGGCUCGGACGAUGCUGGUCACGCCGUCAAGAGAGAAUCUGGGCGUCUGCAGCUGCAAUCCGUCAAUAGGAGGAAUUGGCAAGGGUACAAUGAUUCGUGAGAUUGAUGCUCUAGAUGGCUUAGUUGGGAGAGUUACGGACUUAGCUGGCAUACAAUUCCGUGUUCUCAAUCGCAAGAAAGGACCUGCAGUAUGGGGUCCUCGGGCUCAGAUUGAUCGCGUGCUGUACAAGAAGCACAUGCGACAAGAGAUAGAGAACUACAAUGGUCUAUCGGUGAAAGAGGGGAAAGUCGCAGACAUUAUUGUGGACCGCUCUCCCGAGGCAGCGGUAGAUGGUCGCCACGGUCAAAUUACUGGUGUUCGCUUGGAGUCGGGUGAGAUCAUCCAGACGAGGAACGUGGUCAUCACAACCGGAACUUUCCUAGGUGGGGAGAUCCAUAUUGGCUUGGAGGCGUAUCCUUCAGGGCGAAUGGGUGAAGCGGCCACCUUGGGUCUAUCCAAAUCCUUGCGUGAGGCAGGAUUCCAACUGGGCAGAUUGAAGACCGGAACUCCGCCACGAUUGGACAAGAAUACGAUCGACUACUCGAAACUAGCACCUCACGAAGGUGAUGAGCCUCCGAUGCCAUUCUCGUACCUCAACGACCGAGUAGCUGUAGAAGAGCAGAUGCUUUGCCACAGCACAUACACCAAUCCUCAAGCUCACGACAUCAUUCGAGAGAACCUCGAUAAAAGUAUUCAUAUCCGGGAAGAAGUAAAGGGUCCAAGAUACUGCCCUUCUCUUGAGAGCAAGGUUAUUCGAUUCACAACAAAGGAUCGACAUUUGAUCUGGCUUGAACCCGAAGGCUUUAACGACCAUGUAGUCUAUCCGAAUGGCAUCAGCAUGACUGUCCCGGCGGAAGCACAGGAAGCCAUGCUGAAAAAGAUCGUUGGUCUUGAAAAUGUGAAGAUGCUACAGCCUGGCUACGGCGUGGAGUAUGACUAUGUGGACCCACGUAGCUUGAAGAGCACACUGGAGACGAAAAUGAUCAAUGGUCUGUUCCUAGCGGGUCAGAUCAACGGUACGACCGGGUACGAAGAGGCUGCAGCACAGGGUGUCGUUGCUGGCAUCAACGCCGGCAACGCUGCGAUCGGUGGGCCGGAGUUUGUCAUUUCGCGAGCCGACGGAUACAUCGGAAUAAUGAUUGACGAUCUGGUAACGAAAGGUGUCAGCGAGCCCUACAGGAUGUUCACAAGCCGCAGCGAAUUCCGCAUGUCCGCUCGUGCGGACAAUGCCGAUCUGCGCCUGACCGCCAAAGGUCGAGAGGCAGGCGUGGUCAGCGAUCGACGAUGGACUGCCUUCAACGACGAAAAGUCACAAAUGGAAGAACUCCGGGCCCUUCUCGAAGGACGAAACUUUAGCUCAAGCGAGUGGAACGCCGAAGGUUUCAACGUCCGGAGCGACAGCAUCAGAAGAUCCGGUUUCGGCAUCCUCAGACAUAGUGACGUGACUCUAUCACAAUUGGAGAAUCUCGUCCCGGAGAUCAAACAAUUCCCCGCCCGCGUCCGCGCCAGGAUCGACAUUGAAGGCGCCUACGCCCCUUAUAUCAUCGCUCAGGAAGCGGCGGCCGCCGCAUUCGCGCGCGACGAACGACUCCGUCUACCUCCGGAUCUAGACUAUCAGGCUAUUCAUGGCCUCAGUUGGGAGGAAAAGAAGAUCCUCAGCGAAACACGGCCCGAGAGCCUGGGUCAGGCACGGCGUGUCGAGGGUGUCACCGCGUCUGGGGCAUUGACGCUUUUGGGCUAUGUCCGGCAUGCGGGCCGAAGGGCUGCGAAGAAAGAGCGCAUGCUUCCACCUGUGAAGGACACGGUUGAGGUGCAAUUGCCUGGAAAUGAGAUUGAGACUCUGGCAUAGAAGUCUCGAUUGCAUCAUAUAGCUGAGGGAAGUUCGAAUUGCAUAGCGAUGGCGUUCCGGGUGUAUAACGGCGGUUCCAAUAACAUUUAGGACUAGGCAUGUCCCAGGCGCAGAUAUGCGGAUUUUGUACAAUACUACAGGCGCGGACUUCGUCGUAGAAGAUUAUUCUCACAAUGACGCAUCUAAUUUUCCAACA